AGUCACGGACGCCUGGUUGGCGAUUUGAUGGAUCGCUUCCUCGCACGGUGCACAUCUCCCUCCAAUGGGUCGGUUUGCUACACGACUGUGCCAAAUUAAAUUGAGAAAGAAAGGAUUGGACAAUGCCGAAACCAUUUUUGGAUCGUCCGUUUCUCGUCUUAUUCUAGCUAUUAAUAGUAGCAUUCCAAGCCAAGUGGUACCAGUACCUGUUCUCACAACCACAACCAACCAGCCAACUAACUAUUAAUAGCUCUUAAUAAAACGAAGCUAAGCUAAGCAAGACAAAGUAGAUAACGACGGAUAGGCAAGAUAGGCAAGAUGGUAUUUGGUCUGCAAAAGCUCCAGAAUGAGUUAUUCUGCGUGACGGAAGAACGCAACUAUUUUCAGAGCAAGUACUUGGAGCAAGUGAACGAGAUUGCUGCGUUGAAGGAAGACUUACGCAAAGCCAAACGGGAGAUUGGAAAAUUGCGAGGCGAACUCAUGGAGUCUUCCGUCUCGGAAAUUGGCGGCUUGGACGAGUCUUUGGGGGGUUACUCGUCUUAUUCCACUCCUGCCAAACAUAGACGACGCUCACGACACAGUGCUACUGGCAGUGCUGCCAACAGUCCACAAGCAAACAGUCCAACAGCCGCAGCCACAGCCACAGCCACAGCUACAACCACAGUAGAUGCCUUUCAAGAAGAAAAAAAAGAAAACGAACUCGACCAAAAUGAUGACGUCACCAGUGAGAAAGACGAGGAUCUUAAUGACGAGGAACAAGAUGAUGAAGAUGACGAUGAUGAUGAAGACACUCAAGCGCAAGAUAUUCGACAAUCUGCUGAAAAGUUGCUGCAGUGGGCUUCCUACCGAACCUAUCAACGAAGCUCUUCGGCAAGUUCACCCGACCAUGGAUCUGUGGGAUCACCUGCUCCAGUCGAAGACUCUCUAUUGGGACCCAUGAUUCCAAGAACCAUCGAAUCUGCAUCACUCGAUGAUCGAUCCACGGGAAACCUUAGUCAAACUCUAUCAAAUGACUCGGAAACUGCGCCUUAAAACAACACCUAAACAUUGCAAAUCAUAUAGUUUAUCAAUCUAUUUACCGGUAAUAUAUAAAACAAUACAGCGCUC